AUGACUCAAAGCAGGUUGAGUGACUCCUUUCAGAGGCUGAAAAAACGCUGUACCUUUCGUAGACACUCUGAUGGCGAUGUCGAGAAUGCCUGUCGUGUUAAAGUCAAAACAUCUUGCAACAAUAAAAAGGCAGAAUUUGGACCGGUGUAUGGAGCCGAUUUGUCUUCUCAGCCUCAGUCAUUAGAACAUCCGGGCGUGCCUCGCCUGCUGGAAUUGCUUGUCAGCGCACUGGAGGCCACGGGUUUGGAUGCUUUUGGUCUAUACCGUGUGCCAGGACGCACAUCAUCCAUUAAGGUGGCCAUUAAGUUCAUCAAAGAGCAACCCAAUGAUAUUGAGAACAUUUUCAAGCUUCACGACCUGGACAAUAGCUCUGUGUUAACCUCCCUAAUCAAAAGGUAUCUCAUGGCCCUGCCCCAGAAACUUCUUGACUGCGGCUCGUGGGAUUCUAUUGUGGAGUCCAUUUCCAACGAAGACAUUCUAAGUCCUAUGAAAUUACCAGAAAUUCUCUGCCAAAUCAGGACUAAGAUUGAGAAGGCCUUUGGUUCGGCAGUGGAAAGUUCCGAUCUGAGGGGCGGACACCAGUUGUCAGAGACUCAAUGUCGUUUGGCAACAUUGCGCUUUGUGAUGGAUCACUUGCAGCGCGUCAUUCAGGCUCAAAAGGCUAAGAGCGUGACCUAUGAAUCAUUUUCGAUCUGUCUCACACCAUGUCUAUUCGGCAUUGAGGCUCACUGCAGCAAGGUCCUAGAAAUAAUUUUGGAGCACUGGAACUGGAUUGGACGAAGUCUUUUGCUUAAACCUGAGGACAAAUCCUCUUUCGAGAUCCUGUGGGAUGCACGGCGUUACGUUCUUGGACAUUACUCGCGGAUUGCAAUGGAGCAGCCUCUUGUUGAGCUAUUUGUGAAGGCCUCAGGCGUGAAUUGGAAUGAUAAGGGUGCUUGUCCCUUUUCACAGAAAUGGUUCAUGGUGUUCUACCGGCUUGUGGAAUGCCGGAUGAUCAACCUCCGAGUUAUUCCCGUCUCUAUGGCUAACCCACCGAGUGAGUACAGUCGACUUGACAUGGGGAAGCAACUACCAUCCAUCGCCUUCUACAGCAAGCCCAAUGAUGAUGAAAAUGCAUAUGACCCUCCGGACUUCGUGUGUGACGGAAAUGACGAAUUGGAGGAGUUCCUAAGGUCAAAAUACGGCUCUGUGAUGAACAUUGAUGCGCAAGAACAGUGGGUUGGGGCAGAUCUACUGCGAAGUCUUAACCACUUCUUGCGUACAGGGUCCUCACAGCAAGUGCUGACCAAUUUCUCCUCAGUGAAUGAGCAUCUCCGGAAGACAAACACCACAUUUCUUGAGGGUGAUGACUUCGCCUACUCUGACUGCGUGCUUGCAUGCAAAUUGCAUCACGCGCGUAUUGCCGCCUCCUUCUUCCGUGGACUCAGCAUUCCCAGCAAGUUCUCCCACCUCUGGUCCUAUAUGAAAGCUGUCUACGCUACGAGGGCGUUCACUGUCAGUUGUCCGCUGGAUCGUGACAUUCUGCUGCACUACCUGGAAAAAGUGGACUUCGUCAGCACGGAGGCCAGGAAUGAGGCUCACCACGAAAUUAUCACCCUUCCGCAGGACAAAAUGAGCACAUUCAUUCCAGGUGAAGAUCCGGAGGCCUCGGCCCAGAUGCCACGUCUCACUUGUUCUGGAUUGAGACUUUUCGUAAACAGCGUGAUGCCAACCAUGGAAUUUGACAGAUCUCUACCAAAUAGAAUAAGUCGUCUUUUUAGUGUAGUGAAGUAG